AUAUUCCUGGUAUUUUUUGCUAUUUAUAAUAAAAUUAGGUUAGACGGGAUAGCUUAAACAACGGCUGGGAACUCAAACAAGCCUGACAGCUCGUUCCCAUCGAUUUCCCAAAGCGCAUGUCUGCUUUCCCGCCAUUUCGCCAGUACCGCACCGCCCGGCGAUCGUCGCGCGCGGAUCCCGUGCCAAAAUUAAAAAAAAAUAUACAUUAAAAACAUUUGAAUUAAACCUUUGUGGUUGCGCGUUUGUUUUUUAAUAUUUUUCAGCCAGUGUUUUCAUAGACUUGUUUUAGGAUUACGCUUCAAUUUGUUCAUUCGUCGACAUCGAAACAUAUCGUCCAGAAAUACGUUUAUAACUGGUUAAGAGCAGUAGAAACGCAAUGUGCGAGUACGUGUGCUCACGCGCAGUGACCGAACUCGCCCGAUCGCCGCUCGGCUGUUUCCGCGAGAACUGUCAGUGAGACGACAAGAUGGCGGAGAAGGUCAGCUGAUCGGAGACUCGCUCGCGCAGGCCUGGGAGCAAGCGGCGGAUCAAACGCAUUAUGCAGGUGUUCGGGGAGUGGGCUCAAGUGGAGGCUGUGGAGCUGGUGAACGAUGGGUCCGGGCUCGCCUUCGGCAUCGUGGGCGGCCGCUCCUCGGGCGUCGUGGUCAAGAGCGUGCUGCCGGGCGGCGUGGCUGACCGGGACGGUCGUCUCCGCAGCGGCGAUAUGCUCCUGCGCAUCGGCGCGGUGUGCGUGGUGGGCAUGUGCGCGCGGCAAGCGGCGGCCGUGCUGCGGCAGUGCGGCGCGUGCGUGCGGCUGCUGGUGGCACGGCCGGCGAGUUGCGUGGCACAGUCUCUCGGCGCUUCACCCGCGCCUGUGGUUCCAUCCAGACUGCUGACGGACCCGGUCGAGCUGGAACGGAGGUUGGCCGAGGCGGGACACGACGGCUUUGGUGCUCUUUGCGAAGACGCGGCUCCGGUGUCGCCCCCGCCCACUAUUAUCGAGGAGAGGCUGCAUCAUAGGCCUGUAGCAUCCAUGGUGGCCGUGGUGCCGCGCGGGGCGUUGGCGCCAUCUCCCCGCCCCCCGCCGCUUAUCCUGCCCCCGCCGGACCCGCAACCUCCACCUAUGAGGCUGCCGCUCGACAUGGCGAUUCGUGGUACGGGGGAGCCAGAGACCCUAAGCUACCAAGUGGAUCUCAACAAGGACUCCGCGCUCGGACUGGGCAUCACCGUCGCUGGCUAUGUGUGCGAGCAAGAGGAGCUGAGCGGCAUCUUCGUGAAAAGCAUCAGCGAGGGCAGCGCCGCAGACCUAUGUGGCAGGAUACAGGUCAACGACCGCAUUGUUGAGGUUGAUGGUGUGUCUCUCCACGGUGUAUCCAACCAUAGGGCAGUGGCUUUGCUGCGAGAUGCCAAAGGGCCGGUGGUGCGGCUGAAAGCUUUAAGGUAUCUCCGCGGGGCGGGGUUUGAGAAGCUGCAGAAAGCCCUAGCGGCCCAGGACGGAAGGAGGUCGCCUCUCGCUCCUCCCAGCCCGUCUGUCACCUCCCUUGCCAAGUAUAGUUUUAGUGUGUACGACGAAUCAACAGUGAUAGAAACCGAGCCAGACUCGGAAGCCCUAGGCCACCCGCCGUCACCCCAAUCGCCGUCGGACGACGCCGAGAUCGUGAUCGGACGAGACGACGAGACCGCCGAGCGGGAGGCGCGCUGGAUACAGGACAAGUGGCGGGACAUACUGCAGAACGAGCAUGACUGGCCGGGGCGGCAGCACGAGUAUGAUAUCGUUGUUGGAACAAUAAUCAAAGAGAAAGACAGCGGGUUGGGCAUCUCACUUGAGGGUACCGUGAGAGUGGUGGGGGGCAAGGAGGUGCAAGCGAGACACUACAUCAGGGCCAUUGCUCCAAAUGGUCCUGUGGCGAGAUUAGGAUUGUAUAAAGUUGGAGACGAGUUGUUGGAGGUGAACGAUUGGCGGGUACUAGGCGCACAUCACGUUGAGGUGGUGACGCGAUUACGGGCGGUGACGUCGCCGGUUGUGCUUGUGUGUGUGAGGAAGAGGGAUGACGAGAACAAAGGGAAGACAGAGGGCAGUUUUGCCAGGAGCAAGACCCUCGGCGGCAGUCUUCAAGACCUGCUGACGCCCCCGCAGCGACUCAUCAAAGCAAAGUCGGAGAGUUCGGUAGCCUCCUUAUGCAGCACCAACACUGUCAUGUCUACGGGGCACGAUCAUGACGAGUUCUGUACGGAAGAACUCGACCGGAAUCGUUCACGUUCACUCGAGCCGCUGAGUGGUCUAGCGAUGUGGAGCGAUCGCGUGGAGUACAUCCAACUGCAGAAGGAAGAACGUGGGCUUGGCUUCUCCAUACUUGACUAUUUGGACCCGUCGGAGCCCGGCAGCUCGGUGAUAGUGGUGCGGUCGGUGGUGGCGGGCGGCGCGGCGGCGGCGGACGGGCGGCUGGCGCCGGGCGACCGCCUCGUGUCCGUCAACGCGCAGGACGUCGCGCGCGCCCCGCUCGCGGCAGCUGUGCAGGCCAUCAAGAGCGCGCCCAAGGGGAUCGUGACCAUAGGCGUGGCGAAACCGCUGCCCUACAGCACAGUGGUUGGGGGUCAGAAAGCGAACGGACACAGCAUGCAAGGCAGCCAGGAAUGCAUAAACUCGCUGGCGUCAGACGACCACACCGGGAUGGAUUCCUUCCAUGAAUGCCUCCAGGAAUACGGAGAAGGCCUAGAGGUCGUCCAAAUAUGCCUCGAACCCGAGGACACAUCUAUCAAGGACGAGGAACUAUCAGCCUUAUGCGAUCUCAGCUUUGAUGAUUGUAUCAAACGAGAUGACACUUUGAACGAAAACAUUAAAAAUGUACCAGACAAAGUUAACGGCGUAACUGAGUUGAAAGCAUCAAAAUCUGACGACUCUUUGGAUGACCCUGAUGACGACAUGACAAUAAGAGAAGAUGACGUUUUAAUUACGCCACGAGAACUCCCCGACAUCAGAACGAAAUUUGUUGAUGACAAACAAUCGGAACGGACUUUGUCUAAACAACAAAGCAAAGAUAUAUCGACAUCAGAUGAAAUGGUCUUUGCAGUGACACCAACAGGCUUAGAAAGAAUUAGUUUCGAAAAGUAUUGGAAAGAAUGUGAUACAAAGACUACAUUAGAAAAAGUGAAAAGUGAUGAAAGUUGGAAAGAGUGCUUAAAUUCGCCUACAGAAGAAACUUCUAGUUUUUACGACGCUACCACAAGAAUUUCCGUCCAAGAAGAUGGACAGUCUCUUCUGUUUAUAGACCAUGAAAUUGAUGGCUACGAAACGUGCGUUGAUGACGAUUCUUCGUCCGUUAAGUGUACAGAAAAGAAUGGCCAUAAAAUCAACGGCGAUCGAGAGAUCAAAGUGGAAGAUAAACACGAUAAAACAGAUGCGCGAAACAAUGACAAAGACGUCGAUGCCAAAAAUAUAGAGCAGAACGCUCCCAGUAUCUUAGACGAAGUGUCGUACAAUCCGUGCAUCCAGGAGCAUAUAAUAAAACAAAUGAAAUCCUUAAGAAUCGAACCCAUAAAUAUGAAUAUAAGUCAUAAGAAGAAAAAGAAAAGUCCGACGAAACAUAAACCGUCCAAAACUGUGCAGUGCGUCGAAUACUACAACGAUCAAGCCGAAUGUUUAGAAGAAAUAAGACAAAAGAGGAUAAAAGAAGAGGAGACCAUACAUAAAGCUGAGCAGAAGAAGAUUCUGGAUUCGAAUAAAGCUGUGAUUGAAAGAAAGCUUCAUUUGAAAAAGCAAGAACCGAGUGAAGAAUCGACAGAUUUGGAAACAAGUUACGUACCAGGGUGCCAUAAGUGUUUUUUAGAGAACUAUGCCUACGCUAUCACGAAAGCGUAUAUAGCGGAGGCCCAUGCUUGCAAGUUUUGUGAAGUGAUUCGUGAGAUACUGGAAGUUCCGAAGGAUGUUCCGGACCGACGAAUGUCUGCGCCUGCCUUCGUCAGCCUAGAGAGUCCAGGGUCGACGACGGAGGAGGAGGACCUGUUGAUGGUGCCAAUCGUGAAGGACAGGAGAAAGUCUGCUGGUCCUUUAAAGUUUCUUGUGCCUUCGAGGAGAACCAGUUACGCUCCUCAAUCAGCCAUGACGGUGACGGCGUCGCCGCGGCGUGACGGACUGGCCGGCCAGCAAUGGGGACCGCCGCGAAAAGUCACUCUGACUAGAAGCCCCGGUGCUCCGUUAGGUGUCAGCAUCGUUGGAGGGAAGGUGGAUAUUAUUGACAGUCAAGAUAACGCUGGGGCCGAUGACAAGGCCAUAUUCGGAAUAUUCAUCAAAAAUGUUGUUCCGGAGAGUCCAGCCGGCAAAUGCGGAGAGCUGCAUACCGGUGAUCGUAUCCUCGAGGUGGAUGGAGUGUGCGUCAGAAAUGCUCAGCACGAGCGAGCGGUGCAGCUCAUCAAAGCAGCUGGUGACACUGUCACGCUCACUGUUCAGAGUCUACCGACUUGGAACACCGACUCGUCAGAUGUGGAAGCCGAAGCUUCCCCGCACCCCGCGCGGAGGACCCCGCUACCCGUCGAUGGGACGCCAGAACACGAAAUUAAGAUAACAGUGACAUCAGAGCCGGACAUAGAGAAAGAGUCAGAAGACACGGAGAGGGAGACAGAGAAGUCUACAUCGGAUACCGAACCGACGCCACCGAAGAAGCCUGUUUACUCAGAUUCGGAGAGCAGUGAUGAUGAAGAGGAUGAGAGGGAGCUACAGGGACGGACUUACUCGGACAAGGGGGUUGAGAUCGAUCGAGCAUCAGCCGCCGCGGUCAAACGCAGCAAAGAAGAGAAGGAGGCAGAUAAAGAAGAAGAAGAUGACUUCGGCUACACGACAAACAAGAUCCGCAAGAAGUACGCGUCUCUCGGCGACAGCGUGGUUGUGACGAAGCUGGAGCGCACGGCGCGGGCGGGGCUGGGGCUCUCGCUGGCCGGCCAUCGGGACCGGAGCAGGAUGGCUGUGUUCGUGUGCGGCCUCAACCCCGCUGGCUCCGCUGCUAAGGCUAGCCCGCCGGUCAAGGUCGGCGACGAGAUCUUAGAGGUGAACGGGAUUGUCCUGCACGGUCGAUGUCACCUCAACGCGUCCGCCAUCAUCAAGGGACUCGUUGGGCCAGUCUUCAAGAUCAUACUUCUAAGGCGGAAGUCGGCACUAGAAGACGUCGCCGUAAAGCCACUGACCCAGUUUCCGGUCGCCCUUGAAGAAGAUUCGGAAGACAAGUAUGCUGCUUACAAAGGCGUCCGCGACAUCACCAUCAAAAAGGGUCCGUCGGGCCUGGGCAUUAUGAUCAUCGAGGGCCGGCACACGGAAGCCGGCCGAGGAAUCUUCGUCUCCGACCUACAAGAAGGCAGCGCUGCCGAACAGGGCGGUCUUCAAAUAGGAGACAUGAUAUUGGCUGUGAACAGAGAUUCCUUAUUGAGUUGCAGUUACGAUGCAGCGGCGGCAAAGUUGAAGCACACUGAGGGAGUGGUGGUACUGACUGUGUGCAGCCCCAACCAGAAGGAUGACAAGACUGAUGAUGCCAGCGGGUCAGCUGCCAACGCGACGUCACGACCAGCUAGCAGGAACCAAACCCCGGACGUUGGCAAGGCAGGCGCUUCCCGUCCUACCACACCGAGGCCAGCACCUUCUCCGGUUAAAGCGGAACCUCCCCCCGACCCCGCGACGUGUCACCCCGUGCCGAAUCACGACACGGUCAUAGAAAUCAACUCGGCGAACGAGAUACUUGGCGUGGUCCUACUCGGUGGCAGUGAUACUUUAAUCAAUGGUGCAGCAGCGGUGAUCCUAGACAUAUAUAAGAAGGGUGCGAUAGCGAAGGACGGCCGGUUGAAGGUCGGAGACCAGAUAGUGGAGUGUAACGGUAUCCACAUCACCAAAGAGAUGACCUACGAACGAAUCGCCAUGAGCAUCAAGCAGAAAGCGCCUAAGAUGAAGCUGACAGUAUUCCGUCCAGACCCCAUCCCCUACACAGAAGUGGAGGUGGAGCUGUCGCGCAAAGCAGGCAAGACUCUCGGCCUGACUUGCAUCGCACCGGUGGAGGGCACGGGUGUUUACCUCGGGGAUUUGCUACCCGGCUCCCCCGCGGACCUCGACGGCCGUCUCCAGAAAGGUGAUUUCCUUGUCUCCGUGGAUGGCAAGGAUGUGUCCAAAGGCGACUACGUGGCGGCGGCCACGGCGCUGAAGCUCUGCUCCAACAAAGCCCAGAUCAAAGUCAAGAGGUUCAAGAUUGUUAGAUAAUAAGUUGACGGCUUGGUUACCGCUAUCUAGUUUGUACUUUUAGGC